AACCUCAGUGCCUCCUUCUCCCCACUGCAGAAUCCUGCCAUGGUGACCAACGCCACCAAGCUGCUCUGUCCUGUCCUGGAGCAGAUGAGUCAGCUUCAAAGUCAUAGCAAUUCCAGCAUGCGCUAUAUCGACUAUGCGGCGGUGCUGCUACACGGCCUGGCCAGCUUGCUGGGCCUGGUGGAGAAUGCGCUCAUUCUCUUCGUGGUGGGCUACCGCAUGCGCCAGACCGUGGUCACCACCUGGGUGUUGCACCUGGCGCUGUCCGACCUGCUGGCCACUGCCUCCCUACCCUUUUUCACCUACUUCUUGGCCGUGGGCCACUCGUGGGAGCUGGGCACCACCUUCUGCAAGGUGCACUCCUCCAUCUUCUUUCUUAACAUGUUCGCCAGUGGCUUCCUGCUCAGUGCCAUCAGCCUGGAUCGCUGCCUGCAGGUGGUCAGGCCUGUGUGGGCACAGAACCAUCGCAACGUGGCGGCGGCCCACAAGGUCUGCCUGGGACUCUGGGUCCUGGCCGUGCUCAACACUGUGCCCUACUUUGUGUUCCGAGACACCAUGCAGCGACGGGAUGGGCGCGUCAUGUGCUACUACAACGUGCUACUUUUGAACCCGGGGCUUGACCGCGAUGCCACCUGCAACUCACGCCAGACAGCCCUUGCUGUCAGCAAGUUCUUGCUGGCCUUCCUGCUACCACUGACCAUCAUCGCCUCGAGCCACACAGCAGUCAGCUUGCAGUUGCGUCACCGCGGCCGCCGGCGCACCAGCCGCUUCGUGCGCUUGGUGGCAGCCGUGGUGGCGGCCUUCACAUUCUGCUGGGGCCCCUACCACGUCUUCAGCCUGCUGGAGGCGCGCGCACAAGCCAACGAGGCGCUGAGGCCGCUGGUGUGGCGCGCACUGCCCUUCGUUACCAGCCUGGCCUUCGUUAACAGCGUGAUCAACCCGCUGCUCUACGUGCUCACCUGCCCGGACGUGCUGCAGAAACUGCGGCGCUCGCUGCGCACCGUGCUCGAGAGCGUGCUACAGGAUGACACGGAGCUAGGCGGCUCGGGAAGCAGUCGUCGCCGCCGCCGCCGCACCACUUCCACCACCAGCACGCCCCUCUUCCUGUCCACAAGGCCCCAAAGGCUCAGGACUCCCUCUGGUGUAGGGUGA